CUUUAGAAUUAUAAAUAGAGAGACUUACUUUCACAUUGUGGACUCAUUCAGUGAUCAACAUAAAAGAAAGAAAAGAAAAAAAAGACAAAUAGAUACAAGGAAGAUGGGUAAAGAUCUGAGCAUGAUGCUGAUGAUGGUGUUGAUAGUAGCGGCGAUUGUGGUCGGAGGUGAAGCAAACUCGGAGGUAAAAUGCAGUAUAUUGUGUCGUCCCCAUUGUCAAUUUUCAUCAUCAGCAGGAGAAUGUUCCGACUGUCAUAGAACGUGUAACCAAUCUCCACCGGCUGCUACGAAGACAGAUGUCCUUAAGAACCAGCACCUCAGCAGAAAAUUUGGUCUAGCCAACUAAUUUCUAACAUAUAUGAUAUGGUACGGUGAUUGUAUGAUUGUAUUAAUGGACAGUUAGUCCAACUGUUA